AUGCAGCGUGUUCACAGUAGUAUUGGCAGCGCAGUGCAGGAGGUAUUCAGGCAAAUUGUUGAUAGCACUCAGGAUCGCGGAGGUUUUAGUUCGAGCAUCCCGGUUGACGGUUGUGAAUAUGAGGGUCAUUUCAAGCCACCGCGCGGCCGCCAGCCGCCGAUGCCGGGCGAAGCGCACGGGCCGAUGGACCCGGUGCGGAGAGUAACACGAGCUGUGUCGGCGCCCGAGCCGCGCCGAAGCAGCAUCACUGCACUGCCAGGACGGGCACAUCAUUUUCAAGGAUAUUUACAUGGAAUCGAGGUCUAUUUGGGAGUUCAAGAGUUACAACCUGAUCAAGCCCAUUGGGAAAUUACAAAGAUACCUAACGUAAGUAUUGCCGCUCUAUAGACUUUUGACUGAUUUUUUGCAGUCAAAAGUGGUUUUGAACGAUUAUGAGUUUUGACUGUAAGCCUAGGCGCAGACCAUCGAAUUUUCGUCGGCCGAUAGUUUAGUCGGGCACUUGAUCAGUAUGGUCAUGUAUGGUAGUGCGCACAUUACACCUAAGUAUUUGAUUUGGGCUCAACUAUCGGCCAACUAAAAAUCGGUGGUCUGCGCCUAGUCUAAGCCUAUGCUCAGUCCAGCGAUUUUUGGUCAGCCGAUAGUUUAGUCGAGCAUUUAAUCAGUUUAGGCAUUUAUGGAAGUGCGCACAUUACACCGAUUGAUUUUUCCAAAAUUAGAAUCGGGCCCAACUAUCGGCCGACUAAAAAUCGGUGGUCUUCUCCUAGGCUAACAGAUACAAUUUAUCCGUCGAAUUUAUGCAGAUAUGUCCUUCGUAUACGCAUCACCAAGGCACGGAAGUCGUGGUGUGCGACGUAGGCGCGUCGCCCGUGGUGACGCUGAAGAGUCUGGUGGCGGGCCACGUGAAGCGCACGGGCCACCUGCAGGGCACC